GUUUGGUUGGUGGGAGGGAUCUGCUUGUGGUAAAAAAAUAGUAGCGCGGUAUGUUCUUUCUUCUUCUUCUCCGGUAGAUUGGCAGUCCAGACUCCAGACCAGCUGAAUCAAAUGAACUCAUCGGAACUACUGUGCUUGCUUGCUAUUGCAACUUCCUGGAAACUUUUCUUGCUCUGGUUGGUCAGAACACAAGAGUCGAGUUGACGCUGGAAAAAAAGGGUUAAAUUUCGGACAGGGAGACGCGUUUUUCGCGGUAGAUUUGACGCCGUGGGAAGUCCAGCUGAGUCCAGCACGAAGACGCGCUUCAUUCUGUCGCAAUUGGAUGCCCUGAUUCUCUCCUCUUUCCGCGCUGUGAAAAGGGUCGCAAUGAUUUGGUUUAGUUGUGGAAAGCUUCUGCUGCGGGAAAUUAGUUGAAAAUGCUGUCCAAAUCUUUGUUUUUUUUAGUUGACCCGAAUGAUAUUUGUUUUGCUUUCCUUUUCGCGGCGACAUUUGUUUCAUGUUGCCAGCUCCUCUUGUUGGAAUUGAGCUCAGUGAGUCUGCGAUAGUGGUUUCUUGGUCUGGUAUGUUUGGCCAUUCGCAAUUGUCUUACAUAUUUUCUUGCUGUCUUCCACAAACCUGCAAAUCAAAGCUAUCUGGUGGAAUAACUGUGAUGGUUACUUGUAGAUGUAUAUUUGUAUUUUGGAACGGUUUGAUUUCCUUGGAUUUCAAAGAUGUUCGGCUGUUUUGGACCGAGUCAAGUCAAAUUUUGGCGUUGUUACUUGCCUAUGGCUUCCCUAAUCAUGGAUAGAUCUUAGUUAGUUCAGAUCAUUUGGUUCGAUUGAAGUAGUUUACUGGCAGAUUCUUUUCAGGACACCAUGACUGAAACUUUUCGAGAAUGAAUAGGAACCAGUAAAUCUCGGAGCAGCCUGUGUUUGUAUAUCUCUUGUUUUUUUUUUUAUCAGUGUGGCUGUUUAGUCUGUCCGGUGCUCAGGUUGAACUUAAAUCAAAAUGAUCAGUUUCCCAUCUUACUAUUAGGUUAUGGAGGGUAUUCUUACUUAGUGGAGCCACUUUGGUGGAUAGGCAUGAUUUCUAUGAUUGUUGGUGAAAUCGCUAAUUUUGCUGCUUAUGCAUUUGCUCCCGCUAUUCUUGUCACUCCUCUUGGAGCACUUAGUAUAAUCAUCAGUGCUGCACUUGCUCAUUCCAUUCUACAGGAGAAACUGCACACCUUUGGUAUACUUGGGUGUGCUCUUUGUGUAGUUGGAUCGAUCACAAUUGCCCUCCAUGCUCCACAAGAGCGUGAUAUUGAUUCUGUGAAGGAAGUUUGGGAUCUUGCAACUGAGCCAGCUUUUCUUUCAUAUGCGGCUAUUGUAGUUGUGGCAGCCUUGGUGCUUAUAUAUUUUGUUGUCCCUCAACAUGGACAAACAAACAUCAUGGUGUACAUUGGAGUCUGCUCUCUUCUAGGAUCUCUCACCGUUAUGAGUGUAAAGGCUCUCGGAAUUGCACUGAAGCUGACAUUCUCUGGAGUGAACCAAUUAUACUAUCCUCAGACAUGGGCUUUUGCUCUAAUUGUUGCCACCUGCGUAAGCACACAGAUAAACUACCUAAACAAGGCAUUGGACACGUUUAAUACAGCAGUUGUUUCACCAAUAUAUUAUGUGAUGUUUACUUCCCUAACAAUUAUAGCGAGUGUGAUAAUGUUCAAGGAUUGGGAUCGGCAGAAUCCAACACAAAUUGUCACAGAGAUGUGUGGUUUUGUGACCAUCCUUUCAGGGACAUUUCUCCUUCACAAGACGAAGGACAUGAAUGACAGUACUGGGCCAACUUUGUCCACACGGCGCCCAAAGCAUGCUAGCCAGAAUGCGUUUGCCAUCGAGAUUCUUCCACUAAAAUAUCAAGAUGUUGCGGAUGAUGAGACCUUACCAUUAUCACUUCCCAAGGCUGACAAUCGCUACCUAAUGGAAGAUCUUCCUCUUAGAUACAAAGACUUGAAUAUGGCCUGAUGAAUGUUCCUUUGCCCACAUGUGCUAGGAACCUCAUGGCAGAAUUUGCUGCCCACAAUUUCAGACAGGAUUGGUUGACGAGGAACCGGACUUGGAGGUUUUACCUAAUCUUUGGCGUUGGAUAGAAUGAGGUUAUGGAAGUUAUAGAUAUUAUCCUUGCCCCUCCUUGGAUGAUGGUUUCAUCUAUUAUAAGGGCAAACGAGGGAUGAUGUCAACUGCCAGGGCAAUUAAAUGAUACUUAUGAAAUACCAGUUCUGGAAAACCGGAUGAAGUGUACUUACAUACAGGUGGCAUCAUUUAGUAUACCAUUUUUUUUUCACUUUUAGACAGUCAUGCAGCUACACUGCAAUUUGAGCUUAUCUGAUUUUUUAGGAACAUGCUACAUAGGAAAAUCAAAGCUUCAUUUUUAUUAUUUUACCUGUAUCUAUCUCAUAAAUUGCUGUCUAGUUAGGGGCCAAUUGUUUUCUGUGUAAGUAUCGAUUCAUACUUUUUAGUAGUCAAUUGAUGAACCUAAGUCUCAUGCUUUAUCGUAAAUAUUUGUUGAGAAUGA